UAGUUAGUUCGGUCAACGUUGACGCGUCUGUAUAAAAACAAAUCGUGUAACCCUUGGAGGACACAGUCUGCGCUUGGAAGUCUUCCUUAAAGGAUCGUGAAUAUAAAUAGCUUAAAGUGUCGCUGCGAAAGUUCAUAAACAAAAUGCUUGGAACGAAUGAAAAUCCGGCUAGUCUUUAUCCGUCAUUGACUCCUGAAACAGCCGAAUCGACGUUAGGUGAAAAUCCAGCGGUAAUUCAAAAUCCACCUGCAGGUCGUCAGCGCCAAGGGUCGAUCAGUGAAGAUGAGGAAAUUCAAAAGGAGAUGCAAGAACUGCGCCGAAGGGACGAGGAAGAAUAUCAUCGUAAGCAACAGGAAGUAAGAAACAGGAUUGAUCUACAUCUGCGGCAGAAUGGAGGUGACCUUUCGCUUUUGUUGAGUCAACGCAUUCCCAAUGAAGUGAACUGCAUCCAGCUCUCCAGUUUCGGAACCUCGAAAAAUGUCCAGACCGCGAAGAUACAACUACCACUUCCAAUGAAUAACGAAGUGCUUAUACGAGCUCAUUCCUGCGGAGUGAGUUUCAAUGACGUAAUGACACGAAACGGAAUGCUAGAUAAUUGGGUCCGUUCUCUAAAGCCACCUGUCGUUAUGGGCAGUGAAGUUGCUGGUGAAAUCAUAGGACUUGGGAAAAACGUCACCGACUUCAAUUUGGGUGAUCGAGUUCUGGCGCUACCGGAGCGCAAAGCCUGGAGUGAAUACGUCGUCUGUCGUGCGGAGCACUGUUUCAAAAUUCCCGAUGAGAUGAACUACCAUGAUGCUGUAGCUUUGACCGUCGAUGGUAUGGUAGCUUAUUCAUUGCUUUUCCCGAUGGGCAAUCUUUGCACUGGCAAAGCUGUUCUCCUACACCCGACACCAGGCGGAUUGGGCACAAUGGUGACUCAAAUGGCUCGCUCAGUACCCAAUACUCGAAUUUUCAAAAUAGCCAUGAACAGAGAAGAAGGUGGACUAGGUGGCGAAUCGGCCGAUGAAGUGGUUCAUUAUAUUGAACACGACGCUGAUUAUGUAUCCGAGAUUCGUCAUAGUUCACCCCAUGGCGUUGAUCUAGUACUCGAUUGCCAGUAUCAUAAUAAUUUCCAGCGAGAUUUUAAUCUGUUAAGACCAAUGGGCAAGUACGUCCUGUUCGGAACUCACGCAGCCAUCAACCGCGGAUUCUUCGACAGCGCCAGAUCUUGGUGGGGCCAAGAAAGAAUUUCUCCGUUGAAACUCUACGAGGAGAACAAGAGCGUCUGCGGUUUCAAUCUACGCAAUCUGCUGUACUUCCAGAAGGAUCGUGCCUACGUUCACGAGCUAUUCGAGAAGAUCUGCAAAAUGUGGGAAGACGGUCAAAUUAAAGCAGUUUUUGAUUGUGUGCUUCAAUUCGAUGACUUCCCGGAAGCCUUGCAACGUAUGCAAGAAAACGGGCAAGGUGGAAAGAUCAUUCUAGAUCCAAGAAUGACGAAGGCUGAAUCAUUACAGCAACGUGAUUAUUUCGUGCUGGCUGAAAAGAACGUGAAACAACGACGUUGGCAACAGAAACCUUUGCUACAAAGAUUGGGUUUCCCCGAACCUGGAGACUUAGCGAAAGAUAAGCCGUUGUCACCGGAAGAAGAACGUGUUAAACAACAAGAGCAAGAACAACAGCAACCUCAUGGCUCAGGAUUGAUCCCGAAUUUGUUUCCAGUAGGAGCCGGACGCGGCAGCGAAGGCCGCUCAACGUUCGAAACUCUUAAGGAGAAGUUAACUCCAAGCUUCUUGUCCAAAGAACCGGAAGUAACCGGUGCGAUCCCGCAAUCAAAUAUCGAAACGACGCAACUUCCCGAAGCCGUUGUAGGAGCUCCAACCACCCAAGAAAUGUUUCCCAAUCUACCACAACCGCCACCAAUUUCACCUUAUUCAGUUGAAAACAUCCUAUCGCACCUUUCUACGUCAACGGAACCCUCGUCUGUCACGCCAUCCACGGAAGUGGGAGAUCAACCCGUCUUGACCAAAGAAAAAGUUGAGCUGACGGUUCCAUUGACCAAAACGGAACUGAGAGAACUGAAAGAAGAUCUUCCAGGAGCAGUGACGGAAGAGAGUAAACGUGAACCAAGCUUCCUGGGAAAGCUCCGUAGUGAAUAGAAUUGGAUGAACGAGAAAUUCGCCAAAUUCGCGCUAUAUUACAGAUUUAUCGUCACGUCGUUUGAUUUUUAAAGAUAUUGCCUUUGUAGCCUGAUUCGAUUCAAAAUAAACACUUUGUAAACAUAA